CUGGAGGUUCUUUUGUGGAGGUUCUGUCAUGGUGGCCUGUCAGUUACUCUCCCCCUCCCCCACCUUCUCUGCCUUUGACGCGACCAGCUGUUCUCACUCACCUCAUCACUGCUGCAGCCUUCUUAAGGAGUCUGUGGAUCUUCAGCCGACGCCAGUUCGUUGUUCCUCCCAUGGAAUUAUCCACUCUGAUACUCACCUGGUCGCAGUCCUCUGGUCACUCGUGCUUCGCUCCUGGAUCUCCUCGUCAAGACGCCUCCAGCCAGCUGACGCUCCACCUUCUGGGAAGACGCCAACACUCAUCUUCAGCCAAAUUAAAAUCUACUUCAGACUUACCUCCUGUCCGAGUCUCCUUCCGGGUUCCAGCACUUGGGUCAUUCAGAAUCUGCGUCAUAUCAUGACAGAACGAACUGGCCCAACUUCUGACCCAGCUGACCCGGUGGGGCUCCGUCACGCCAUCGCCCUGCAAGGAAACCUCCUGAGUAGUCAAGCGGACGCUCUAACUCAAAUGUCCACAGCCCAGCAGGAUCUAUUUCGCCGUCUCAACAGCAUCUCUCAGAAACUGUUUGAAUUAACCAGUCAAUCCUCUUCCCCUGCAGCCGCUGCCCAAAUUCCUAGUUCCGGCAACAACCCCACUUCCUCUUCCGCCUUCGUCCCGGAAAAUGUCCGUCUACAGCCGGAACCUUUUUACGGCAACGUUGAGACCUGCGGAGGGUUCCUGCUUCAAUGCCAACUAAUCUUCCAACAGGCCCCCAGGUAUUAUCAGGCCGAUCACAGCCGCAUAUCUCUGAUUGUUAAUUCACUCCGCAGCAAGGCGCUUCAGUGGGCUCAGGCUUUCCUAGCCACCCAUCCCAUCACACACCUACCUUUCGACCGCUUCAUUGGGGAAUUCCGUCUAGUGUUUGACCAACCCAGAAAGCAGGAAGAAGCCACCCGGCGGUUACUGAGUCUCAAACAAGGUAACCGCCCGGUAAGUGACCAUCUAAUCGACUUCCGCAUUCUGGCGGUUGAAGCAGGUUGGCCGGAUCCCGCACUCAAAGGCAUCUAUUAUCAAUCGUUGAACGAUCGCAUUAAAAACCACCUAUGUUCACAGCCAGAAGCGGUCACCUUUGAAGACCUUGUCGCCGCCUCCUUGAGGUCCGAUGUCCGGUUACGUGAACGCCACGCCGAACAAAAGCACGCCCUAAGAUCUGAAGUCCUCACAUGGGGACACACAUCCCGCAUUGCCUGCCAUGGAGGGGUUUACCGUACCUCCCGACUACUCAAGCGUCGUUUCUUUUGGCCCACCAUGGAGCGCGAUGUCAAGGAGUAUAUUGCGGCCUGUACCACCUGUGCCCGCUCGAAAACCUCCAACCGGCCUCCCUCUGGACAUCUGCUACCCCUGUCCACGCCCAGCCGUCCCUGGUCCCACAUAGCGGUGGAUUUCGUCUCCGGACUACCACCGUCCCAAGGCCAUACGGUAAUCCUGACUAUUAUUGAUCGUUUUUCCAAAGCCGCUCAGUUUAUUCCCCUGCCUCAGCUGCCUUCAGCCUCUGAAACGGCCGACGUCCUCAUAAAUCAUGUUUUUCGUCAUCAUGGAAUUCCCAGCGACAUAGUGUCUGAUCGUGGACCUCAGUUUACGUCGCAAGUUUGGAGGGCUUUCUGUUCCGCCCUGGGAGCCACCGUGAGCCUCACAUCGGGCUACCACCCCCAAUCUAAUGGACAGGCAGAACGGGCGAACCAAGAACUGGAAGCGGCUCUCAGGUGUCUGGCAGCCCAGAAUCAAGCUGACUGGUCCAAGUACCUGGUGUGGGUGGAAUAUGCCCACAAUUCCCAUUCUUCCACCGCCACUGGCAUAUCUCCUUUUGAGGCAUCCUUGGGUUACUCACCCCCUUUGUUUCCUUCUCGGGAAUUGGAUCUGGCAGUGCCCUCGGUCCAGCUCCACCUCCAACGGUGUCGGAACAUCUGGCAGCAGACCAGGGCGGCUCUCCUUCGCACUAAGGAGAGCAACUGCCAGAUAGCCAACCGCCACAGGGGGGUGAGUCCCAGUUACCAGCCUGGCCAAAAGGUUUGGUUAUCUGCCCAAAACAUUCCUCUCCAAGCCUCAUCCCGUAAAUUGGCCCCCAAAUUCAUCGGGCCCUACACCAUUGACCGGGUCGUCAAUCCCGCUUGUGUCAGGCUGCGUCUCCCGGCAGCCCUUAAGGUGCAUCCCACGUUCCACGUUUCUCAGGUCAAGCCAGUCACUGAGAGUCCGCUUUGCCCGCCGUCCACUUCCCCGCCACCCGCCCGUACCAUCGACGGCGCCCCCGCCUUUACGGUCAGCAAGAUCCUGGAUGUUCGGCGCCGUGGGCGGGGUGUGCAGUUUCUGGUGGAUUGGGAGGGGUAUGGUCCGGAAGAACGUUCUUGGAUUUCCCGUUCCCUGAUUCUGGACCAUACCCUCAUUGACGACUUCUACCGGGCCCAUCCGGAUCGUCGUCUUGGACCGCCAGGUGGCGGUCGUUGAGGGGGGGGUACUGUCAUGGUGGCCUGUCAGUUACUCUCCCCCUCCCCC